UCGCUCCUCCGCCCGUGCCGGGCGCCUGGCAACCGGGGCGCCGCGCAUGUGGGACCGCCGGGGGCCGCCGCCCCCCCGCCGGGCCCUGCGCCCCCCUCCCCGCCCCGGACGAGGCGCUUAACGUGCCCAGGCGUGAAGUAUGGCAUGCAAAGAUGGUUUCUGCCAAGGAGCCAGCCAUCGCCAUGUCCUCGGGUCUCUCCAUCGCCCUCCUGCACUGCCUGUGCCUGGCGACGUGUCUCACCGGGCCGCCCGGGCAGAGCAAAAAAGAGGAGAAAUUGUGGCCGGAGAAUUUCACCAGUAUCCUGAACAGCCUCCUGGAUGGCUAUGACAACCGGCUGCGACCGGGAUUCGGGGGUCCUGUUACUGAAGUCAAAACAGAUAUAUAUGUCACCAGUUUUGGACCUGUUUCUGAUGUAGAAAUGGAAUAUACAAUGGAUGUCUUCUUUCGUCAGACAUGGAUAGAUAAAAGAUUAAAAUAUGAUGGCCCUAUUGAAAUUUUAAGACUUAACAACCUGAUGGUCUCGAAGGUGUGGACUCCUGACACUUUCUUCAGGAAUGGAAAAAAGUCUGUUGCACAUAAUAUGACAGCCCCAAAUAAACUCUUCAGAAUAAUGAGAAAUGGCACCAUCCUGUACACAAUGAGGCUUACAAUAAGUGCAGAGUGUCCCAUGAGAUUAGUGGAUUUUCCCAUGGAUGGUCAUGCUUGUCCUCUCAAAUUUGGGAGUUAUGCUUAUCCAAAGAGUGAAAUGAUUUAUACCUGGACAAAAGGACCUGAGAAGUCAGUGGAAGUUCCUGAGGAGUCUUCCAGUUUAGUUCAGUAUGACCUGCUUGGGCAUACGGUAUCCUCUGAAACUAUUAAAUCUAUUACAGGUGAAUAUAUUGUUAUGACAGUUUAUUUCCACCUCAGACGGAAAAUGGGUUAUUUCAUGAUUCAGACCUAUAUCCCAUGCAUUAUGACCGUGAUCCUCUCUCAAGUUUCGUUUUGGAUAAAUAAGGAAUCUGUUCCAGCUAGAACUGUUUUUGGAAUAACCACAGUGUUGACAAUGACGACACUGAGCAUCAGUGCAAGACAUUCACUGCCAAAAGUAUCCUAUGCUACUGCCAUGGACUGGUUCAUAGCGGUUUGCUUUGCCUUUGUGUUCUCUGCUCUUAUUGAGUUUGCUGCUGUCAAUUAUUUUACUAACAUUCAAAUGGAAAAAGCCAAAAGGAAGACAGUAAAGUCCCUUCUUGAAUUUCCAGUUGCUCCAGUACAAAGAAAAAGAAGUACAGAAGAGACACUCACGAGUACAGAUGCCAAUUCAAAUGUGAGGAAAAGAACGAAUGCAACGGUACAGUCUGAAGCUGACGGUGGGAGCCGAAUUGACACAAGGCACAGCUCCAUCCAGCCUCCCUCUGUAGCUCAGGGGUCUUCUGACAUUACAUCCCGCUCCUUUUCUGCAUCAAGUCCCAACCCCUUCACACGCAUCAAUGCAUCAGAGACAUUAUCUUCUGCAAGAGCUACCCCUCCGGCUCCUCCUUCUACCCCAAUUUUAACUGGAUUUGUAUCCCAGCAUGCCACAGCUGGUUCCCCUUCCAUUCAGCACUUGCUUGGAUCUAGACUGGAGCAGAUUCAGACCACCACAUCUAAUACAUUAGGAGCAUCUGCAAAGCCAUCUGCUGUCACACCACCUGCUCCCCCCGCCUCUCACUCUGGCACGAGUAAGAUAGACAAAUAUGCACGCAUUUUAUUUCCUGUUACCUUUGGAGCAUUUAACAUGGUCUACUGGGUGGUGUAUCUAUCCAAGGAUACCAUGGAAAAAUCAGAAAGUCUAAUGUAGUUUUGCUGCUAUGUAGUAGUUCCUAAAUUAUACUCACAUUUGAUGCAUAGUUUCUUCUUUUGAAACUAUUUAAAAAGGUCAGUAAUUCUUAUAUAUAAAAGCUGUGUGCUACUUUCCCAUUGUAAAGGCUGGAGCUGUUGGGGAUAAUUAGUUAACUCUUACCAGAGUAAUGGGUAACAGUAAUGGGUCUUCCUCCCUUCAGCUAGCAAUGAACCAUCACUCCUUCAGACAAACUACUCUGGAUGUACAGAACUUGUCUUUGGGAGGAACAUGCACUGAAAAAAUCAGAGGCAGAGGUGCACAGCUGUGCAGUGGAACACAUCUGACUGCUAGGAAUAUGCACGUUGGCUAUUACAAAUCCCUGAGGCACCCAGCACUGCUGUCUGAACACAGCAUUGCAUUCUCUGAGUGCGAGGUCCAUGUCCUGAAUAUUUUGACAGUGCUUGCUAGAAAAGGACUGUCCCUGCUAGAUUAAAAUUGGCAGAACAAGGGGAAGAAAAUGAGAAGUGGAAAAAGAAAAGAGAGUCCAGCCUGGGAAAGUGCAACUCUGGGAAAGUUAUGCAAAGGAGUUGUAGAGCUCCGUAUAUUUUUACUAAGCGUUAUUUUGCAUUGUAACUCACUCCAAAAUAAUAAUUGAACCUUGUAAAAUCUGAAAUCUGAUGUAAUUCUCAAAAUUGGAUUUUCUAGUUUGGUAAGGUGAUCUUAACUGUUUGAUUCUUCUUUGACCUUGCUGACCAGCCUGAGUGGAUUUAUUCCUGAAUUACAUCCAUUGUAGUAGAUGAGGACCAGAUCCGCAAUGUUCAACUUUUUAUUUGAAUUCUUUGUUUUUUCCUUGGAUGUUUUGGGGUUUGGUUUUUUUCUUUCCUUCUUCCCCCACCCACCCCAGAUUUUUGAGUUACAUUCUUGAUUGCCUUUGAACACAUGUUCCACCCCUACUUCAUGUAAUGUUUGUGUCAACUUAAAUUUUUAACAUAGUUUUAAAAGUGUUCAAAAUUAAGCAAAAAAAAAAAAAAAGUCCUGUGCUUUGAUGAGUGCAGCUAUGGCAUGUCACUGUGUGAAUGAAAGACACUUUUUUUGUGAAGGACUGCUGUGACAUAAAUAAGAAAAUAAAGGUUCUAGGUAGAGCCCAAGGAAAAUUUAUGAUCCAUUUGUUUAUUUUAAACAAUGGCAUUGAUAGGCACUUUUCUUAGCAUCUCAAUAUGCAAUAUGCAAGCUGGUGACUUUAUUAAAAAAAUCAAAUAGUUAAAUCUGAUAGAAGUCUUGAUCAUAAAUGUUGUUUUCACUGGAACGGGUGGAAGAUACACUGUUAAUACAUAUAAAUGUGUUUGUACAGAUCCAUCUGGCUAGGCAAAUGGUUAGUGUUUCUGUGCAGAUGACAGGUGAAAAUCAGAGGCCAAAUUCUCAGUUGUGAUCUGGCUGUGUCUUUAAAGGGUCUGGACUAAACCUUAGCUUUGGUUGAUUGGAAUAGAAAGAUUGGUAGCCUGUGGUCAAAAUCAUAUGCUGCAGGGCAGAUCAGGUGAGUGUUGAGUGGUUCUGUGCCCAGACAGUGAUCAAAGGACUGGUGGAGACCACAAGCAGGUGGGCUAAUUGAGAGCAUUCUGAGACUGCCCUAGACUAUGCUGGGAGAAGAGUCAGAAUAAAAAGAACCCAUAGUGCUGAAACUAUGGCUGUGCCCCUGUCUGUCUAUUAAACUAUGACUGUGCUUCUGGCUCUCCAAGGCUUUUAGCCAUCUCAUGACUGAGAAUCUGACCUUUAACUUGUGGGACCUGGGAGGUGUCAAGGCUGCUCUUUCAUGCAUAACAUUGGACUGUAGAUUAUAGAAUGCAGAGGAUGUGGGAGUGUCUUACAUGACUUUAAUGUAGUGAUGAUAUAAACAAUUGCCUUAGUCUUUUUUUACUUAAGGGAUGCUCUCAAAAGGCCAGAUAUAGUCCAUUCUUUUUCUGUCUUUUACAUCUAGAAGAUGUCUGAGAUUACAGCACUCCUUGAAAAUCAUUACAUGCAACAUACCACAGAAUUGGAAAUGAAGCACCCAUGCAAGAUGUCUAACUGCAGUAAUUUGUAUCUUUGGAUGUAUUGCUAGUUGCUGUAGAUGCUUCCUCUCUGAUAAGGUCACAUUGUUACAGAUUGUAAGAAUAGAUGAUAAUAUGCAAGAGAUUGAUUAUUUAUUUUGUUAAAUCAGAAGAAACAAAGCUAAUCCUCUGGCAAUUAUUGAUUAUAAUUACACAAAUGAUAAAAUAUUUCUAGCAUGAAGAACGAUGACUUUCUGUGUGGAGAACCCAGUGUGUGCAGCAGAAGUUACUGAAGUUACUCUUGGCUUUCCUCUGUGAUGAAAACCAAGAAUCUUUUUUCUCAGGCAGAGCUUUAAACAAUUCAUUAGAAACAGCUCUUUCUUCCUUCCACCCAUCCUGAUAUACUGAUUUAUAAUCAGCUUUUUCUAGUGCAUUGUUCAGUGGGAUCAGCACUGGUUGAGGCUAAGAUUGAUCUAAGUGUGUUACUUGAAUUAACUUGUAGUUUCAUUUUAAAGAGUUAUAAGGAGGAAAAAGGAUUGCAAAAAUUAAUAGAUUACAAAUAUUUAUUUCUAUGCUUCUAUUUUGGAAGAAAUUUUUAAGGAUACUGCAAAAAAAAAAAUUACCUAUUUUAAAUCUGACAGUGUGUUUUUGAAGUACCCUACAACACUUCCAUGCCUACAUUGAAAAUGAGACACAUUAAAAAAAAUCAUUGUGAGUCUAGGACUCAUCUCUUCAACUGUACAACAUUUUUAUGUUGCACCAUAUAAAGAAAUUACCAUAAUUACCUUUCCAAAGUACAUGUGGACAAUGUAAAUAGAAAUUUAUUGUUAACAGUGGUUCUUCCUUAUAUUUAAUCUUCUUGUAGAGUGAUCAGAAACAGUAUAGAGCCUGUAGUAUACUCACUGAUGCUGUAACUCAGAAGCA